CCCCUUACAGCUGGAGUGCUACUGUAGCUGCUAUAAGAGCCCUCCCUGCUGAAAACUAUCACAGGGACUGGACCAUCUUGAGGGGAAGAGUCUUAGCAGGCUAAACCUUGGAGUUACAGUGACUUUUACGCGCGGCUCGUGUGUGCAUGCUGCUGGUUUCUAUCAGGAAAUAAGAGACUGGCUUUCUCCUGAAAUGAUGGCUUUCACUAUGCUGAGGCCGGUGUCCACGCAUCCCUUCUCCUACCCCGCGGACCUGACCUUGAUUUCAGAUGACGAGGAGGGAAAUCGCAGCGAGAGCGACGGCAGCACCGACCAGGGCUACGGCUGCUGCGGGAUUCCAGAGGAGGGGUACCACCUGGAGUCCGGCGGGGUGGUGCGGCAGCGGAACGCCGCUAACGCCCGGGAGCGAUACCGGACCCAGAACGUCAACACGGCCUUCACGGCGCUGCGGACACUCAUCCCCACGGAGCCGGUGGACAGAAAACUCUCUAAAAUCGAGACGCUGCGCCUGGCGUCCAGCUACAUCGCGCACUUGGCCAACGUGCUGGUGGUAGGGGAUGGGAGGGAGGAGGGCCAGCCGUGCCUCUCUGCUGUCUACAAGGAGGUGAAAGGAGGUAGAGAAGGAAAAAAGCCCCGGACUAUCUGCACUUUCUGCCUCAGCAACCAACGGAAAGGGGGGCGACACAGUUCACAUGACAGAAGAGACUGUGCCAAAAUGCACGGGAGCAGUGCGAGGCAAAUAAGUCGGCGAUGAAACUGUGACUUGGAGUGGGAUGGGAUCUGUUUCAGCAGGCCUCCAUCAACCAUUCCUGAAUCUAGAAGCAUCUCUGUCCCUCAGAAGACUUUACUGCUCUGAUGUUUUUUGGAGUCUGGCUCAUCGGUUUCAUUACUCAGCGAGAUACAAGAAGUCCAACAACAGACCCUGCUGUGUGUCACAUUUUCCAGCUUUUAUAGUGAGGUCCAGGGGAAUAUUGUAAAACUGAGAAAAUAAUCACCUGAUUCAGCUUUGUAGUCAUUGGAUUAUAACAUUGAUUUUAUGAAAUGGAAGGAAUCUGUGACUUUGUACUUUAUUUAUGAUGAACACGGGCAAAAAGUGUGUGAAGCAGUUCCACAUCAGUUGUAGUCAGCGGUAUGAAGCAGUGUUGAUAAUGUUAUACAUCUAUGAAAGAUUAAAGACACAACAUUCAUCUUUUUAGUUGCAUUAGAAAUCAGAUUUAAUGUAAAUAAUUUGAAAAUGUCCCUUUAAAUAUUGCAUGAAAUGUUUGCAAUAUAUUAUUAAAUGUAAAUAUUUCAUGUGAUAUUUACAAUAUAGGAAAUGCUGUAAGUAGUAUUUGCAGUAUCUUAAGUUUGCAAAUAUUGCAUGACUUUCUGAGGAAUGAUGGGGUCAGACACUCAGAGGUGCCCUUCAGUGCCUGUCCCUUAUAAAUACACUGUACUGAGUUAGGAGCUGAUGAGCUGAACUCUUAGAGUUGUUUAAAGUUAUGAUCAUGAAGGCCUUUACUUCAAGAAAUCUCAGAUCUUACACAAUGUUGAUUGUGCUUAUAACAGUUAGUAAGUAAGGCCCUUACAUCUGAACUGUGAGUCAGUGGUUAAAAUUCCCUGAGAAAAAAAAUCACAAAACGUUCCUUUUAACUCACUUCUGUGUGCAGCGAUGUAUCAUGCCCUCAUGGCUAAAACGGCCUCAAUGGACAAAACAAAGGAGGAAAUAACUAAUGUCUGCAGAUGACUGAUUUCAAACCACUGAAGAGAGGAAACAGACCUUUGGGUUUGUUACUUUGAUGAGAUGAUUUUGGGAAGCUGGACUCACAAACAGACUGAGCAGAGCAGAUGCAGGAGUGUUAUUUGAGAAGACGGACCACUCUAUUCAUCAAAAGCUGGUGUCGUCAUGUUGAGUGCAACAGGAGAUAUCUGAGGGAUAUUACUCUGUUUGCUUGUUUCUUUACAUGUUGUAAUCUACUUUGAAAUUAAAUUUAUUUUUACAGA